UGUCCUCACUGCAAUGACCAAAGCAGGCAAGAUGGCGUCGAGUGAUGGGAAGCUUGGGAGUUUAUUCGACCACCACGUCCAGAGGGUGGUUUGCGACACGCGGGCCAAAUAUCGGGAGGGUAGACGGCCUCGCGCUGUCAAGGUGUAUACAAUCAAUUUGGAAUCUCGGUACUUAUUAAUACAAGGAGUUCCUGCAGUGGGAGCAAUGAAGGAAUUAGUUGAGCGACUUGCUCUAUAUGGUGCAAUUGAAGAAUAUAAUGCUCUAGAUGAAUAUCCAGCAGAAGAUUUUACAGAAGUUUACCUUAUUAAAUUUAUGAAUUUACAAAGUGCAAGGAUAGCCAAGAGAAAAAUGGAUGAACAGAGUUUCUUUGGUGGAUUGCUUCAUGUGUGCUAUGCUCCAGAAUUUGAGACAGUUGAAGAAACCAGAAAAAAAUUAGAAGAGAGAAAGGCUUACAUAGCAAGAACUACUAAAAAUAAAGAGUAUUACUUGACAAAGAAGAAACUGGUUCCAGAGCAUAAAAACACACGAGAUUUUAGACAAGACUUAAACUCGGACAUGUCUGGAUUUUGUGCAGCUGCUUCGAAUGCUUCCAAUGGGAACUCAAAUCCUUGUCUUCCUUAUUCUUGUGAAUUGCCUUUAUGUUAUUUUGCUUCAAACUGUACUUGUUCAUCUGGGGAGCAUGUGAAUAAAGCAUCGAACUUCUAUAAGGAUGGUAGGAACCAUAAUGAAACAGUGAAGCAUUGUAACCACAGUGACUCUUUGCAAAAUAUGAACACUUUCAAAAAUUCAGUACCUUACUCUGGUACACAGAAGGCUCUAAUUCCUCCUUCAGGGUCAAUUGACAGGUUUAUGCCUAGGACAACAAAACUGCAGGAGCGGAAAAGAAGAAGGGAAGAUGAUCGUAAACUUGGAACUUUUCUUGAAACAAACAGUAAUGAGGUUAUGAUUGGACCCAAGUUACCAGACAUACCUAAAGUGGACCUUCAGGAUGACUCUCUGAAUACAACGGCGAACUUAAUUCGGAAUAAACUUAAAGAGGUAAUUUCAUCUGUGCCAAAGCCUCCAGAAGAUAAGUUGGAAGAUGUGCCUGCAAGUCGUCCAUUAAAACAAAGAAGAAGAAUAUAAAUUGCCAGCAGCAAUUUAGUAUUUUCUAAAGAGAAUAUUUAUUUUAUUUUUAGUCUUUUAAUUCUUUAAAAAGUUUUAUUGCUGGUAUUUUUUAAUGUACACUUUUUUGUUAUUUCAUUCAAACUAUUAUCCAAAUACAGUUUCAUCUUUGACAUAUACUUAAUAUUGCAAAAAUGUAUCUUUCCUAUAACAUUCUCAUGUUACAAUAACCAUAUGUAAAUCAAUUGAAGCAAAUAUGGUAACUUUAUAAUACAAAUAAAGUUAAGCAACCAGGA